AUGACAAAUCUGCAGAACUACAAUGAUCAUGCUACUUGGAUCACGUUGAUUGAUCUCAAAACAAACAUCAUGAGUGAUGUUAAUGAUGAUACCGAUUCAUCAGACAAUUCUUUAUUUUCAAAAUUAAAAGACAAGAUGCGAACUCAAAAAAAGCAUGGCUUUGCAAUGAAUUUUAAGCAAGUUGCCAUGAUUCCGAAAGUAUUCUCUCCUCGGCCCGUAGCCAUGGAUGAUUCUAAUAAUAAUGAUACCAAUCCUAUCAAUGAAACUGAUGAUCAAGAUGAUGAUGAAACUGAACAUUCUUUCCGUGCCCCAAGUGAUGUUAAAAUUUCCUACACACAUCAAGUCAUUCUAGUCUCGGAUUAUUCAAAUAUGAAAAUCUACUUUUUUAAAUAUCUUGAAAAAACAUAUGUGGGAUCUAUUGGCGUGGAUUACCCAAUGUAUAUGUGCAUUGAAGAGAAAUAUAAUGGUUUGCAUGAUGCUUUAAUUUUUGACAGUUGCUCCACAUUGGGAACCAUUUUCAAGUUUGAUUUGCAACAAAUUCUUCGAACUCGAGACACUUCAACUUUUUCUAAAACUAGUUUUAUUUGGAAGAAUAACGAUUCGAAAGAUCCUCGUGGAAUUGCCUUGAUGAGAGAAAAUGGCACCAAUGUAUUGCUUGUAACUGAAUUUACAAGUAAUACUGUUUUCUUAAUCCAUGCUCAAACAGGCACAACUAUACAGAAAUUUACAAACUUGCCCAUUGAAUCUCCAUAUGCUAUCGAUGUUGUGGAUAGAACAGUAAUGAUUGGCGAAUACAAUUACGGUAGCUCAAUAUUUAUUUACACACUGGAUAAAUCCAUGCAUGACAAUCGCAUGGUCUAUUCAUUAAAUCUUGUCAAGAAAUUUAGAAAAGCAGGAGAUGAUGGAUGUAACGAGUCAUGUCAAGGUCUGGUUUUUGAUCCAAUGACGCAAUACGUUGUUUGUACAGACACAGAUUGUAGAAUUCAAGUGUUCACAUUGGAUGGUCACUGUGUAAAAUCCAUGGACACAAGAAUUGAUGAAAACAAUGACAAUCCAGAUGGAUUAUUUAUUGAUGAAAAAACAGGAGAAUUAUAUUUGUGUUCAUAUUAUGCAGCAUGUAUUCGAAUAUAUAAUUAA